UGGUGGGAACGGUAGCAAGAUGGCGGCGCUGAAGGAGGAGCAGUGCUACGGACUGUCCUGUGGAAGAGUGAGCAACGGUAGCAAUGUCUCCGUCUUUCACGUUAAACUCACUGACAGCGCACUGAGAGCGUUUGAAGGCUACCAGAGCAGCAAGGUGCUGUCAUCACGACCAUUGAUAAGGUUUAAUGGCAACCAAGGGAAAAUUUCAAUACCACGGUCAGAAAAUUCCAGUGAACUGCAAACAUUUACUUUCUAUUUGUCCAAUGUGGGCAGAGAUAACCCCCAGGGCAGCUUCGACUGCAUCCAGCAGUACAUCACAAGUGAGGGGAGCAUUCAGCUGGACUGCCUGGGUGGGAUUCAGGACAAGAUUACAGUUUGUGCCACAGACGACUCCUACCAGAAGGCCAGGGAAAGCAUGGCCCAAGUCGAAGAGGAGACUCGCAGUAGGAGUGCCAUCGUCAUCAAGCCUGGGGGAAGAUACGUAGGUAAGAAGGUUCAGAUCCGUAAACCUGCACCUGGCCUCUCAGACGUCGCCCCAUUAAGGAGAACGUCUCGACCGGUCAUCAUCUCCAGCAGCACCCUGAAGAAAGGCACAACUCAGCACAGGCCGCUCAGAGAGCGUCUGCUACACCUGCUGGCCCUCAAGCCUUAUAAGAAGCCUGAGCUGAUCCUGAGGCUGCAGAAAGACGGCCUCUCAGCAUUAGACAAAGACUCUCUGGAUAGUCACCUGCAACAGGUGGCAAACCUGAAUGGGAGAGACAACACCUUCACAUUAAAGGACUUUUUGUACAAAGAAAUUCAGAAGGACUGGCCUGGCUACACAGAAGGAGACCAGCAGCUACUCAAGAGAAUACUUUUCCGGAAACAGAGCCAGGCCCAGAACAGCUCUGCCCCUCCAUUGGAGAGCCCGCCCAAAGAGCUGGCCAGCAGUUCACCAUCUCAGAAACGGCCAAAUGCUGACUUCAUUGACCCUCUCGCCAACAAAAAGCCCAGGAUAUCACACCUCGCCAGCAAGGCUGCAACAGCCACAGUUAAUGGCAAGCUCAGCACCUCCAACGGAAGAGGAGAAUCGGGUGGAGCGCAGGCAGGAGUGGUGGUUUCUAUGUCAGACGGCGGCAUGACAUCCAGCUCCAUGCCACUGCCCAUGCUGGACAUCCCUCGGCCCUUUGAAGCGUUGUCAGACGUCAGCAACGACUCCAGCCACAACGGGAGAGACUGUGACUCUCAGGAAACAGCCGUGUCUGAGAGGCUCAGCCAGCCUCCUUCACUGUUCUCGAGCACAGUGACACUCACAGCGUCCAGCAUCAGCAUGUUAUCUCCCAAACACACAGUCCUGGACGCCCCUACAGACAAGAGUCCUUCAUCCUUGAACAGCAAAUCCAGAAAGAAGUCGAAAAAGCAUAAAGACAAGGAGAAGAGCAAAGACAGGGAGAGGGUGAGAGAGAAAGGGCAGGAGAAGGAGAGAAAAAGUCGUGAGGAGCCUGUACCUGAGCUGAACAGAGCCUGUGAGCUGAGCCAAGGAAACCUCAAAAGCAACAGUAUUCCACAUAAAAGCACAGAUCUAAAUGGAAUGUGCAACAGUACCAGUAUUUCUCUGUCAGCACCCGAGGUGGCAGACUAUUUAUUGAAGUACACAGUGAUCGACUCUCCAGAGCAGCGUCAGAAGUACAAAAAUGAUUUCAACACUGAGUACAGUGAGUACAGGGAUCUGCAUGCACGGAUAGAAGGCAUCACCCGGCAGUUCACUGUGCUUGACAAUGAGCUCAAACAGCUUCAGCAAGGCACAGACAAGUACCAGACAAUCCACAAUCAGAUACUUGAGGAGUAUCAUAAAAUUAAAAAGACUAAUCCAAACUAUAGUCAAGAGAAGAACCGCUGUGAAUAUCUACACAACAAACUGGCACAUAUAAAAAGACUUAUUGCUGAGUACGAUCAACAGCAACUUUAGAGCUAGUUUGUUAGACAUUGUUUCCCUGUUAUCUCUGGAAACCAAGCAGAUAAAGGAAAACUCUGGAUUCCGCUUGUGCUAAAUAAAUGUUCUCAAGAAAGAUGCCAUGAAGGGAGUAUUCCCCUCACCGGGGCCAAAGGCUCCUGUGAAGACUGAGCAGGACACAAUCUGUUUCUCUCUUCCCUUUCAUUUUCUUUUAUUUUUCUUUUUUAAGAGGUGGGCCCGGUCCAUCUGUGUAGUUACAAAGCAUCCAUUAAGAAAGGUUCUUUUUGGCUUUGUUUUUGUGGACAGCCCACCCUGCUUAUAUUGCACAGAGGUCUGAUGGAGCCACAUAGAAAAGUGUUCCCACUUUCUUGGGAGAUGAGCCUUCAGCUUGUUGGCCAAAUGUAACAAAUUUGUUUUGAGUUCAGAGAAAAUUAAGUGAAUUUUCCCAUUACUGAAUCCAAUGGUUUGGACGUUGAAUUUCUUUUUAUUUAUUAUUCACACUUAACCGGGGAGGGGCUGGGUCUGUUUUACACUCCUCAAUAUCAGUACUUAAAAGCUGUCUCUCUUAUUUUCUGUCCUCACAUCUUGAAUGUUUGCCAGUAUUUUAUUCAGAAGCUGCCUUGCCCAUUUGAGCGUCCAUCUGUUGGCGUUAAUUGUUUUUCUCUUUUGAAGAGAUGCAGUUAUAACUAUUGAUUAAAUCAAAACAAUGCCUCCAAAUGCACACAGUCAGAUGCACUUUUUUGCAUCUGGCUUUUUCUUUUCAAAAAUCAUGAGCAGAUGUCUUAACAGAGGGAUGUGUUUGCAAGUUUUCAGCCAUUGUUGAGCUGUCUUUGAGCACUGUCCCUUCACUUAGUUGUUUAGGUGGUUACAGCAGAGGUCCUUCGUUAUGCUUCAUUAAAUAGCUCUCUCUAAUUGGUUGUCUUUUCAGUUAAGGUCAUGAUGGCUUUUGUAGCAAUAGGAUUGUUAAAUAUUAUCUUCAUGCUUCAAAAGAUCCUUGAAUUGUAAGAUGAUGCAGAGGAGGGAGCGGAUCUGGAAGCUUUGUGUUUCUUAAAAAUGUUAUCAAUUAGCCACUGUUCUGACAUCUGAGUCACCAUCUUUGUACCCUUUAAGAGUUCAAGUUGUGUUUACAGUGUCUUUAAAAAGACCAGUUGUUAUCUCUGCUCAUCGACCCACAUGCUAGUCCAUCGCGACGACUGUUAAGACGAAGCCAUCCUUGAUCACCCUCCAGGGAGAGCAUCUCAGAGAAGGAGGGCUCACCUGUGACCAGUUUUUGCCUUUUCAAAUGUGAUGUCAGAUAUUCAUUCAAUUUAUCUCCUGGAUCAGCUCUCCUCUCUGAGGCGUCAAUUAGAAAUGCUGUUUCAGAACUUUUCCCUGACGGACCAGCGUGUCGAGUUUCGUCAGCGAAUGCAUUUCUUUCUAUCGACCUUUUUAUGUGAAUAUGAAAAAAAUCAGCACUUUUUUCUCCUGAUCUUGCUGUUACCUGGAAGGUUUUUUGUCCAGUGACCUUUCUCUUUGUCCAUCAGAGUGCAUGCUUUAUGAAUGUGUGUUGUAUCUUUACUUGAAAAAAAACUGCCCAAGGAUCUUAGAAUCCAAGGAAACGCCUAGUCCACU